UUUAUAAAUACAUUUGAUUGACUGACUAACAAAUGGAGGCAGACAUUUUGAUAGACAUUUAGAGAAAAUGUGCAUAUUUUCCAACACUAAACAUACAAAUAUGUAUUUACACUAAUAGGGAAGAAAUCUUAGUUUGUCCUUUUAUAAUUUGAUUAUACUAUAUUUAAAAGCAUAUACGUCAUUUCAAGCCUUAUCAUCAUACGGUUUUGUUGAAUAGAAAAUACAUAAUAAAAUAUUUCAUAUUUUUAUCAUAUUUGUAAGUUACUGUAAUCGAGUUUGUGCCCUCAAAAGUGACUACUAGAAAAGUAAUAUUUGAACCUUUCUUGGAAUAUGCAGCAUUACUAAUUGUUUAUGGCCCUCAUGAUAAAUAAUUUCUUUUGGGGAUUACAAAGAUUACAUUUAGUUACAUUUAACUGGUUUAAUUUUUUUUAACCAUUUAGCAGUAUUCUCAAUGAUAACUUCUUGUUCUUCGCAUUUCGUUUUUCCAAUUCAUAAGUCCCUCCUUCUUCUGUGGGUUUUAUGGUGGACUACAACCCCCAAAAGGUGUAUUGCCGCCACCAACUGGACAGGUUGAAAGGUAAAAAUAAAAUCAAUAUGUAACUUAAUGCCCCCACCCCCACACUCUUUAAAAAAAAGUACAUUUACAAAACCAGAACUCCCACUUCUUCCUUCAAAUAUCCAUAUCUCCCUUCUCGGGCUCUAAGGCCUGAGAGGGUGGUACGGCUUGUGACAAUACUCCAUGCAAGUCCUUUGCCAAGAAAUGUGUCAGUCCCAGGAACCGCUCAUCUGCAUCCACAAUAAUAUCUAUCUUCCUGGACCUUCUCUCCACCUUAGCAGUGCCAUUGAUCACCAUAGCUAUAGAAGGCCACAAAGUCCACCUUUUUUACCUUUAAAAUAUCUGAGUCCUGCUGGUGAAAGGCAACCCCUGCAGCCUGCAGCAAAAGGCCUAUCCAACACCAUGAGCUCUUCAGUUGCACAAUUUGAACCCUCAGCCCUUUUAACAGCCGCUGCAUAUGAAGUGCUCUAGACAGCCCUGACUUUGGCCACCUCAUUAUCUUUCACACUUGUUGGGCAUUCCAAAGAUGUGGCUUCAUGGGUCCCAUCACAUUUAACAUGUCACAUUUCCAUCACUUUUAAAACACAUGACAUGAUCUUUUCCACAACUUGGACACCUCGGCUUCUCUCUUCUGCAAACAUUUGAAACAUGUCCAAAAGCUUUACAGUGAUCACACUGCAUUGGUCUUGGGAUACAUGCUAUGACUCUGUAGUUUAUAUAACAAACUGAAAUUCAGUAGGGAGAGACUUCAUAUAAAAAAAGAAGAGAGACUUCAUUUUUUCAUCAUUCACCGCACGAUCUCUCCAUGAAUAUUUUUAAUCUCUUCAACAUCGACUUCCCACAAGAGGCCAGAUACUAACACCUUCAUGGGUUCCCUGUUCCGAAGAGACAUACACGACACGUCAAACUUCUCAAAGCGGGUGAGACGCAACACACGUUCCUUAUGAUCAGAGAAGUACGAAAACUCAAUGCAAGCACGCCUAUCGUGAUCCUCACAGCCUUCACUUUACCCAGCACUUUGGAAAUCUCCGUUUGGAAAUUUGAAAUAGAUUUUUCAAUAUUGGUAAUCCGAUCAGCUGCUCCUCAUUAACAAAUUGUACAAGAUACGAAGGGAUAUUCUCAGAACUGUACAUGACUUCGCUCCGUUCUCCAUUCUUUUGGGCAAUAUUCAAUAGCUCCUUGAUUCUACCGCCAUUACAUUCACAAUUCACACCAGCGUCCGCUUCCGCUUAAUUUUCCUCCAGAAGUCCUCCUUCACUAAGUAACCAAUGAAUGAGCACGUACUGGUCGUAUGAACAACCGGAGGUGAAUAACGUGAUCAGUACAGUGUGUUUACAUUGUGUCGCCAGAAAGCAAGAAAAAACGGUAAACUUGAAAUAGCCCAGAUUCACAACGAGACCAAGAGGAUCUCUCCAUUCAACACCUCCAAAAUGAGACUGGUGAUCCUGGAGGACUAUGACCUGGCCAGUGAAUGGGCAGCCAAAUACAUCCGCAACAGAAUCAUCCAGUUCAAGCCCAGUGCUGACAGAUACUUCACUUUAGGAUUACCCACAGGAAGCACUCCGUUUGGCUGUUACAAAAAGUUGAUAGAGUUUCACAAGAAUGGGGACCUCUCUUUCAAAUAUGUGAAGACCUUCAACAUGGAUGAGUAUGUGGGCCUGCCCCGGGCCCACCCAGAGAGCUACCACUCCUACAUGUGGAACAACUUCUUCAAGCACAUUGACAUUGAUCCAGCUAAUGUCAGUAUCCUGGAUGGCAAUAUCACUGACCUGGAAGCAGAGUGUGAGGCCUUUGAGAAGAAGAUCACCCAGGCUGGGGGAAUCGACUUGUUUGUGGGAGGUAUUGGACCAGACGGCCACAUUGCCUUCAAUGAGCCAGGCUCCAGUCUAGUCUCCAGGACCAGAGUGAAGACUUUAGCAAAGGACACCAUCGUAGCCAAUGCCCGUUUCUUUGGCAACGACCUGUCAAAGGUCCCCACCAUGGCCUUGACUGUGGGUGUGGGGACAGUCAUGGAUGCCCGAGAGGUUAUGAUUCUUAUCACUGGAGCCCACAAAGCCUUUGCCCUGUACAAAGCAAUAGAGGAGGGGGUCAACCACAUGUGGACCGUCUCAGCCUUCCAGCAGCACCCACGUACCAUCUUUGUGUGUGAUGAGGACGCCACACUGGAGCUCAGAGUCAAAACAGUCAAGUACUUCAAAGGUUUGAUGCAUGUUCACAACCGACUGGUGGACCCAGUACUCAGCAUAAAGGACCAAUAAUGGAGAAUAAAACCAAGUCAGAGAAUUCCAGACGUCAAAAUGGUGGAUGGACCCAGUUGUUGGUAGGCUACAACCAGCAUGACAAUGUGCCAGAGAGAUUGUUUGUCAGCACUUCAGUUGAGGGGCUGUGGUUUAAGGCUGCCAUAACAACUAACCAAGCAUUACAGUGCAUGAGAUUUGCCCAGUUUGUUACAUUGCAUUAGGAUACUAUGAAAGCUAACUGUAAAUGCCCCCUCAGCUGAUAUGUUAAAGAUGCCAUGAAUUCUCAUAUACAACUGUUACCAAUAUAUUAUGAGGUCAGAAUCUUUGCAGUAUUAGUCUCAAACAGAUUUAUUUGCCUUCUCGACUACUCUUCUUUCUUCUAUCUGCACAAUCUAGAGACUGGAUGGAUGAAAGCAAAAUGUUUAGACCAGCUUAGAUGAAAUAAAUCCAGUUUGGGUUGUUGAGACCUGUUUAACAGGGAAACAUACAACACGAUAGUUCUUUUACACUCCAUUCCAUGUCAUUUGUAGCUUUAGGUUGGUUUACCUGACAGUCAGUUAUACUUUCCAAGUCGCCUCCGCAGUGAUUUACACUCAAUAUACUGUUUUUGUAUCCGAAAUGUCAUUCUUGGCCAUGUUGUAUGCUCUCACAAGAUUGUAUCGGCAAUCAUUUGAUGUCAAGGCAUCAUGUUAACUUUUCAAACAUCUCUAAUCAGUCAUUAAUUUACCUUUUUGUUGUUGUUUUGUAGAACAUUCUACCAGAACAAGUAUGUUUUCAUUUCAAUGUAACUCAAUUUUUCCCAACUACUGGGCUUACAAGAUUACCGAGUCAUUUAGAAAUUAAUUGUGCACAUAAUGUACUGUAACUCAUAAAAAUGCUUCAUACCGGCUGUAUUUGUAUUUUGAAAGUUAUGUAUCUUGAAAACUUGAUUGCUGAUAUGCAAAACAUUUUGGAACUAUAUCAGCAAUGGACUAAUGAAACAAAUACCAAAAUAUAGUUUUUCUGAGUAAUUAUCUCUCAAGGUAUCGGACCAGACGGCCACAUUGCCUUCAAUGAGCCAGGCUCCAGUCUAGUCUCCAGGACCAGAGUGGAGACCUUGGCGAAGGACACCAUCGUAGACAAUGCCCGUUUCUUUGGCAACGACCUGUCAAAGGUCCCUGCAUAAAUGGUUUAGUUCUAUAAUUUCAAUGAAGAUGCUUCUUGUAAAGAAAUGUCAUUUAUUUAGUAUUACUUAUUCAGCGUUGUAUACUCAGGAGUCAGAUUUAGGGGGUUAUUAUUUUAUGGAAAGAGGACAUAUUAUCUAGUGCAAAUAUUGAGUUUUGUUACAUUAAUUUUUCUGAAAUGCAUGAUACACAGGGGAAUGAAGGCAACACUAUUGGGAGUGAAAUAUGAAUUUCUAGUCUCACUGUUGUACACUAGGUGCCACUCUCUACUAAGAUACAAAAUCAGAGGGGCCAGUACCAAUUGAUGAGAGGAAUAGUAUACCAUUUUUCGCAUGUUCGUGCUCAUCUGUAUUGUGCUGGCUCAGAUAUUUUUAACAUUGUCAUUCCCAGCAUGGCUCCACAAACUUUAGUGGAUGCGAAACAAGGCCAGCACUGUGCGGCUUGGUUCAUUAGACAUUUCCUAUAGCUUUUCCUUCACUUUGAAAGCAUGGAGUAGAUAUUGUUUAGAUCUUUCUUUUGAGAUUGUCUUUCUACACAGUUACCUUUAGAUUUGUCUGCAUUAGUUCUAUCCAAUGUAUGCUUAUUACUAAGUCUACUGCUAGCAAAACAAUACGCUGUAAAUGGAUUACACCACCUCUUCUGUUUAAUUUCUUCAUUCAUGGUGUCGUUUGGAUCUUAGCUAGAAACCUGCCGCCACUAGCAUAGCAUAACCUUGACAGAGGGAGACAAUCUGGUUUUCACAACUGUAAAACUACCAGACAGAUUCCAAGCACAGGUUGAUAUUUCCUGUUUACUGAUUAAGACAUCUCUGCUGCAUUAACAUUGCUGUGGCUAAUUUGAUUUAAUCUGGUCCUACAUAAAACACGAGUUCUGUAAAAAUACAAAUACAAAUCAGUCUGCAUCACAGUUCUAAAGUAGCCCUGUGGUAACUUUAAUUAUGUCAUUUCUGAUGUUGAUUAGAUUUGACAUGUAAAUACAAAGUAAUUGCUUUGUUGAUAUUAUGCAGAGCUUAAUUACCCAGCCUGCAGAAUGACAAGACGGAGUCAACCUCUGCUCUUUGUUUGUGUGCUAAUAGAAUGAUCUGACAAUUUGUUCUGCUUGAUGUUAAUGGUUUUUCCCUCAGUAUGCAAAAUGAAGGCACUGUUAACCAGGAAAGUUAACCAAAACCCCCAGGGAAUUGACAUAAUAGAGAAGCCUAAACUGUAUCCAUUAUCAAGCAGUGCCAUCCCUCUGCUUAAACAGUCCCACCAACAGAGUACUGUGAGAUUAUGAUGGAGUCUGUUGAUCCUAUGGAUUUAGGCCUUUAUACCCAUAACAACUGGACUAAAGUCAGUUUUGUGGUGCAACUCAUAAUUUCUUACAUUCGGGGAGCGAGUGUUUAGGAGAGGUUUUUGUUCAAAGGGAGUUGGAAGAAUUGACCCUAAAUCAGUUGUUAAGGGCCAUAAAAUAACUCCAUUGAAGUCCAUGACAGGAUGAGGAUCUCCUGAUCAAAUGCCCACCUAACCGCCCCUUUCAUUACUGCCGCCUCUGGUUGUGCCGAGUGGUUCUUUGCACAGAAUAUCAUGUGAUACCCAAUGUUCUAACACCCUUUUGGGCUUUAGGUCUUUGCUUUGGCAGUAAAUGAAAAUAAACCGCCACAAAUGGAGAGGAAAAUAGCCUGUCAGUCGCUAGCCGUCGCUCUUAGUAAAGCAAGUGUGCUAAACUACCCAACGGGGGCAGAAUAGCAAAGAAAGCACUAAUCAAUGCAAUCUGAAGACAAACAGUGAUACGUUUGCAAUGUGUGACAGCUUGUCAGUAGCCUGUGGACCCUUGUUCUGUCAAAAUGACAAAAAAACCUAUUCAGUGUAUGGGACUUGCCAGGUUUUCCCUCUAACCUAGUGUAAGAUUAUAGAAAACACAGAGGACAUGUGGGCCUUGUUUUUCCUCCGAUGAACAUUGACUUUUAUACUUGAAUGUAGCCCACAUAGCUUCCCUCACUCUCUGUCAUUCUGCAAGGUUUCCAACACCUCUAGACUGUAGACAGCUUCAGUGCUGUGUGGGAGGGGCUGCCUAAUCCAUUUCUUAGGGUUCAGUGUAGAUCCAAUCAAUCACACCCACCAUAUAAAUAUGUAUGCACUAUCUUUGUGUACAAUUAAAAUCUUAAUUCCUGA